GACGCUGGUGCCAGAGGAGUUUAUUUUCCGGCAACCGUUUCUCCUCUCAGGUUCUGCCCUCCUUAUAUCGUGCGUUUCUGGCCCAAACUGCCGGGGUGUCCCCAUCUCGCCAAUGCCUGUUCGUCGAGACCGAGGAGAAAACCGGCCCAUCUCUCGUGCUUGGGCCACUUCACCGGCGGACGCCUUCAACAUUGCAGCAUUCGAGGCAGUCUGAAUGGCUUCAUUCGACACGGAUGUGGAUUUCAGUCAAAGUCGAGCCGGCGAGAUCAAUGCGGUCGCAUGGGUGUUCACUGGCACUGCCAUUGCCGUGGUCGCGUUGAAGCUUUUUGCUCGAGGACAUGUGGCGAAGAGCUUGGGAUGGGAUGACUUCUUCAUCUUCUUUUCCAUGGGCCUCAGCAUCAUCGCGGCGGCAUUUGUCUCCUACGCGGUCACCUUAGGGCUCGGUCGCCAUACGGCCGCGGUGAUUGCCGACCAUGGCACUGACCGAUAUGUCCAAACGGCCAAAUGGCAGAUCAUAGCAUUCCCAUUCAACAUCGGCGCCUUCAGCUUCCCCAACAUCUCCAUCGCCAUCCUCGUCAGCCACCUCCUCGACCCGAAUCCGCUGCGCACGCGCUGUCUCUACGCCAUGGUGACGAUGCAGGUCGUCUUCGCCAUGGUCUCCGUCUUCAUCGUCUUCUUCCAGUGCCGCCCCACCCGGAAACUGUGGGACGCCGCCCGGGAGGGCCAAUGCUGGGACGCCAGCGUCUUCGACGACUUCUCCUACUGGGUCAGCGCCUACACCACCAUGACGGAUGUCGUCCUGGCCGUGGUGCCCAUCCGUGUCUUCUGGAAGCUGCAGAUGCGAACCGCGACCAAGGUGGGGGUGUGCAUCAUGAUGGGGCUAACGCUGCUCUCGGCGAUCGUAACCAUCAUCAAGGCCACGUAUCUGCAUCUGUUUACUGAUCGGACGGAUCCACUAUAUAAUGUAGUACCCCUAGUCGUCUGGGGCCUCAUCGAGCAGAACGUCGUCAUCGUGGCGGCCUGCAUCCCCACGCUCCGGCCCUUCUUCCGCAAAGCCUUCGAAUCGAAAGGCUACCGCUCCGACAGCCUGAGCCACACCUCGCAUCCAUAUUCCGGCGCAUCCGCCUUCAAGCUGUCGACCACCCCCAAGCUCAAGCCCUCGGGGGCCAAGCGUCUCCCGUCGGAGUCGGAGUUGCCGCUGGAUACUAUCCCCCAUGAUCAAGACAGUGAAGAGGCGGAUGCCACGGACCUGCGGCGGGGGAUCUGGCGGACGAGUCAGAUCCAGGUCACUGUGCAGCAGUCGGGCGACGGGACAGCGCAUGCGCCGGGGGAUGCUAGACGUUGA